CCAUCUUAUGUCUGAAUUCCAACAAAAUCAGAAGGAGUAAUUUAAAUGCUAGUAAGAAAAUAGAAAAGUAAAUUCAAUUUUGGCAGAUUUAAAUGGGAGCUGACUAUAGGUGUUUAUGGAUUAUAGACGGUGAUCGCUGCCUGUGAUCGCAGAGUUCACGGAGAACGGUUCUUGUUGAGGUGAGUUGUCACAGAAACAGUAUGAAACCUGUGGGGGUGAGAACCUGGGGGUAGGGUUGACUAUCUCAGACAGGAAAUUAUCAAACGAACAAACCAGGAAGGAUUAACUGGGAUAUUUCAUCUUUGAAAAGAUGGAGGAAACAGAGGAAACUCUGGCUGAACUGGUUGAGUCCAACUUCCUGAAGUGUUCCAGCUGUUGCCAUGACUACCAGAGUCCUCGUCUGCUGCCCUGUCUCCACAGUCUGUGUGAAGAGUGCAUCCAGAAGCUUCCUCGCCAAACCAGUUCUAUAGCAGACGAUCAGAAGUCAUCAGAAAACCUUCCUAAUGGAAACGUCAUUGAACGCUUUUCCUGCCCAGUGUGUGUAUCGUCAAUCUCACUACCUGAAGGUGGAGGCGGAACCUUUCAAAGCAAUGCAUUCUUACAGGACUUGUGUCAGCUUUACAAGUAUAAACACGAUAAAGACAGAAAAUGUGAUUACUGUACAUUUGCUGGUAAAACUGUCGAUGCUGUUUCUUUAUGUCUGAAUUGUCAUGACGACAUGUGUGGUGAUUGUCAAGAGGCUCACCAUAAGACAAAGAUCACCAGGAACCACCAAGUUGUGCCGUAUGAGCAGAUCAGAAAUGGACUCUAUGAUCAAGACAUCCGAGAACAUCAAUCAUUAAAGUGUGAGGAACAUGAAAACAAUUCUCUGACUUCUUUCUGUACUGACUGUGAGGCACUUCUCUGUCCCAAGUGUCAAACUCCUGAACACGGAGGCCACAAUGUUGUGGAUCUUGAUAACGCUUUGCCAAAGUAUUCAAAACAAAUAAAAGGCCUAAUCUCCAGCAUUAAGACCCGUCUUCCGUCCAUACAGAAUUACUGCGAGUUUUUAGAGAAGUACGCAGAGAAUUUGGACCAGACGAAACAACAGCUUCUGACGGACACACAGACACAGGCCGACAGCUUGCAUAGCAUGAUUGACGAGUGCAAGAACAAGCUCCAGCAAGAGAUCAAAGAGACGUGUGAAACUGAGAUGGAUCAAGCCAAAGACAAGCUGAAGAAUCUACAGGUCGCCUCGGGCUCCCUGCAUAACAAUGCUUACUUCCUAAACCAGCUGAUGGCUCAUGGGAAACCAGAAGAAGUUCUGGCAAUGCACCGAGAAAUCACAACCAGACUGACUCAACUCAUUAAAAUGCAACUAGAUGGUCUUACAUCCAAACUCAGGAUUGGAUUUCUCCCUGGAGCCAGCACUGAGCAGAAUCUGCAGACCUUGUUCGGCAAGCUUUCAAAUGACAUGGUACCCAUUGGCAAAAGCGAAUCCACCCAGUUAGCAGGGGAUGAGCUCAAAAUCACCUCAAUGCUACCCAAUGUCAAAAACACUGCUGAAUUCCUGCUAGCCUUUGAUUCAGAGGGGACUGAUGAGAACCGGGACAUCUGGCCUACAGGAAUGAGUGUCACCAAGAAGGACAAUAUAGUCAUUGUGGACAGGGACAACAAAAAAAUCAAAAUCUUUGACUCAGUGGGAAAAUUACUGAAGGAAUUUACAGGAGAAAACGACAACAAAAUCGGAAUUCCUUUUGAUGUCACAGUGCUAGAGAACGAUACUGUAGCAGUGACAGACUAUGAACAAGAAAACAUAAAGGUUUUCACACAAGACGGAAACCACGUUCUCACUAUAUCUGGCUUCUUUAAACAUCCCCGCGGAAUAACGACCAACAGCAAGGGAGAGAUUCUAGUCGUAGACUGUCGUCAGCAAAGAAUUACAGUUCAUGACCCUAGAUCUGGCAACCUGAUUAAGACGAUAGAAGCUGAGGACCAGAAAGGAAACAAAGUCCUAGUCGACCCCUACUACAUCUCCACAACUCACGAGGAUAACAUUCUAGUCACUGACACGGCUGCUCCGAACAUUAAAGUGUUCAACAUGGAGGGGCGAUAUAUCGCAGAAUAUGGCACCUACGGAAUCAAAGAGCAGCAGAUUCUGCAACCAUUUGGAAUCUGUGUGGACGAAUACGGAUAUAUCUUUGUUGCCGAUAAUCAGAACCAUCGCAUUCAUCUUCUGAACCCUGAUGGAAAGCUGAACAAGUUUCUACUCACCAAAAGCAACAGUAUAUGGCACCCAAUGGCUGUUAACAUUUCAAAAAAGGGAUUUUUCAUGGUGUCAGAGGCAUUAGGAAAAAUUAGACUGUACAAGUAUUUAUAGACUUCCGUGUAUAGCAUCAUGAAACUUAGGAACUACAAGAAUUACCAAUACCUAGUAUAUCAAAUCACACAGUAUACCAUUUGAUUCUUUGAAAUCAAGCAACAAAAUAUAUUGUAUUGAUUUACAUGAUGUAACAUUAGAAAAUUCAAUUGUGUGAUUUUGCGAAUGAAUCAUUCACAGAUUGGCACUGUAUAGAAUAAGGAUUCUCUCCAUCUAGAAGUUUCCCUCACAACGGCACUGGUUUUGGCAAUCCUUAAUGUACACUUUGUAGCCUCUUAAAUAAAUUUACAUCAAACUGUA